AUGGCAUCUCGAAGAGGUUUAAAAGUGUUACUGCGCUGUUUGUAUCGUCGUCCCUAUCUCAUGCCGUCGCCAUGCAGUAUUACUUCUACAGCUCAUCUGUUUUACACUUCUCGAUUGGCCAGCAAACCGACGACGGCUGAAAGUUUUGAAUUUCAAGCAGAAACAAAGAAUUUAUUGGAUAUCGUUGCAAAAUCACUUUAUUCGGAUCAAGAGGUUUUCAUUCGGGAAUUGAUAUCAAAUGCAAGUGAUGCUCUGGAGAAGAGACGAUGCAAACAUCUGGAAACUAAUAAAGAUACAAAUAUUCCUUAUGAAAUUAAAAUAACCACAGAUGAAGAUGCACGGUUGAUUAUUUUCGAAGAUAAUGGAAUUGGAAUGGACAAGGAAGAUUUAGUGAACUGUCUGGGAACUAUAGCUAAAUCAGGCUCAAAAAAAUUCAUGGAAGAGCAAUCUUCGCAGGGCCAUGUGUCUACAGAAAGUAUCAUUGGACAAUUUGGCGUCGGUUUCUAUUCGGCAUUCAUGGUUGCAAAUAAUGUUGUAGUGAAAACGCGAAAAGAAGGUAGCGAUAAAGGUUAUUUGUGGAAGUGGAAUGGAGGAGAUGCAUAUUCAGUGGAAGAAAUGAGUUCAUUACCAGUAGGUUCACGUAUUGAAGUGACACUUCGUCCUGGUAAUGCAGCGGAAUUUGCGAAAAAAGAUAAAGUUGUGGAAGUGAUUAACAAAUAUUCCUACUUUAUCACUUUACCUAUCACGGUGAAUGGUGAACGGGUGAAUACCGUAGAAGCUAUUUGGACAAUGAAUCCAAAAGAGGUGAAUUCUGAAAUGCAUGACAUUUUCUUCCGACAACUCGCCAAGACGCAUUCACCUCAUCUAGUAAAUGAUCGGCCACAAUAUAUUAUUCAUUAUAAGGCAGAUGCUCCGAUAAAUGUCAGAUCUUUGCUGUAUGUUCCAUCUCAUAAUGUAUCGCAGAUUGAGUUUGCCAGUUCGGCCGAUCAGUCCGGAGUAUCUCUGUAUGCACGAAGAGUUCUCAUAAAGUCAAAUGCCAAAGAUCUUUUACCGCGAUAUUUGCGUUUUCUAGUGGGCGUAAUUGAUUCGGAAGAUAUUCCACUGAAUUUGAGUCGCGAAAUGCUGCAAAUGGAUGCUGUUCUUGUGAAGUUGCGUCAAAUUUUAACCGACAAAGUAGUAUCAUAUUUUGUGAAUGAAAUGAAGAAAGAUCGAAUAAAAUAUAAAGAAUUCUACAACGGUUAUUCUUUAUAUUUUAAGGAAGGUGUUUGUACCGAAAAUGAUCAAAACAUUAAGGAGCAGAUUGGUUCGCUUUUGUUGUUUGAAUCAUCAAGUCUCAAAGCGGGAACUUUGACUAGCUUGAAUGAAUAUGUAGACCGAAUGCAAAAGGAUCAGAAUGAAAUUUUUUACUUGUUUGCUCCAAGCCGUCAGCUUGCAGAACAUUCUCCCUAUUACGAGAUGUUCAAAUCAGAAAACAAGGAAGUUCUUUUUGUAUAUGAUGCUGCCGAUGAAGUUUGCUUACUGGCUAUGCAACAGUUCCGAAUGAAGUCAAUCAAAUCAGCUGAAAAUUGGACUCGUGUUGAAGCGGGUGGUGACUCGCAAACUGCAACAAUAACAAUGCGCGAUGCUGACAAGAAAGAGCUGCUCGACUGGUUGAAAACUACAUUAGGAAGCGUGAAAGUAAAUGACAUAAAGAGCUCAAGUACAGCUAGCGAACAUCCAUGUAUGAUCACAAUUGGUGCAGAAAUGGGUGCUGCUCGUCAUUUUCUUCGUGUUGGACAGGUCAAAGAUAUUGAGCAUUUAGCCUUUUUGAAACCAACUCUUCAUAUUAAUCUGAACCAUUCAAUUAUCAAUGCACUAAUCAAGUUGCAUAAAUCAGAACCGGAAGUAGCUGGUCUUGUUGCUGAACAGAUCUAUGACAAUGCCCUGGUAACUUGCGGAUUGAUGAAAGAUUCAUCAAAAAUGGUUGACCGGGUUAAUCGACUGCUAAAGACUGCUGGAAGAAUGCAGGCUCUACUGCAAGCAUACGAGGACAUGCCUCCUGUGACAAGGAUUUAUACGACCGCAUGUGUCUUAACUACACUUGCAGUGUUUUGGCGAUUAUUAACAUCGUUUUGUUUCUUUGGUUCAUUUGGGUUUAGUUUCUUGUUCAACAUGAUUUUUACAUAUCGAUAUUGCAUGAUGCUCGAAGAAGGUUCGUUUCGUGGACGACGUGCUGACUUCGCUUUCAUGUUCAUUUUUGGAGCAGUUUUUAUGAUUAUUUGUGGUACUUUUGUGCAUAUGGUAUUUCUUGGGCAAGCUUUUACCAUUAUGCUUGUUUACGUCUGGAGUAGACGGAAUCCAUAUGUACGCAUGAAUUUUUUUGGUGUCCUCAGUUUUAAUGCUCCUUACUUACCGUGGGUGCUGCUUUUAUUCUCGCUGCUCCUCGGUAAUAAUGCUAUCGUUGAUUUCAUGGGAAUAGCAUGUGGUCAUUUCUAUUUCUUCCUGGAAGACGUGUUUCCACUGCAACAGAACGGUUUUCGUGUUUUGCAAACACCUCAACUAUUAAAGUGGCUGCUAGACCCAAUUCCUGUUGAACCGGUUGAUGUAGAUGAACGACCUGGUGGUUUCAACUGGGGUGAACAGCCGCCUAGACUUGAAUAG